CUGGGGCGGCCCGUGCCUAUGAACCUCUUCGCUACCUGGGAGAUCGACGGUUCCAGCCCUAGCUGCGUCCCCAGGUUGUGCAGCUUGACAUUAAAGAAACUGGUAGUCUUAAAGGAAUUGGAUAAGGAACUUAUUUCUGGGGUCAUUGCUGUCAAAAUGCAGGGCUCCAAGCGCAUCCUGCGGUCUCACGAGAUUGUGUUGCCCCCGAGCGGACAUGUGGAGACGGAGCUUGCGCUGACCUUCUCGCUGCAGUACCCUCACUUCCUGAAGAGAGAAGGCAACAAGCUUCAAAUCAUGCUGCAGCGGCGGAAGCGGUACAAGAACCGAACCAUUUUAGGCUACAAGACCCUGGCUGUGGGGUCUAUCAACAUGGCUGAGGUCAUGCAGCACCCAACAGAAGGUGGCCAGGUUCUGAGCCUUUUCAGCAACAUCAAAGAGGCUGCAGUGAAGGUAGCAGAAAUCUGGAUCUUCUCCUUGUCAAGUCAGCCAAUUGACCAUGAAGACAGCAGUAUGCAGGCCAGCCAGAAAAUCAAGUCUACAGACAACUAUUCCGAGGAAGAGUACGAGAGCUUCUCUUCUGAGCAGGAGGCCAGUGAUGAUGCCGUACAGGGCCAGGAUUUGGAUGAUGAUGAGUACGAGCUGGGGAAGCCCAAGAAGCAGCGGAGAUCGAUACAACAAAACUUCAAACAGAAGGUUGUGGCAUUGCUGAAGAGGUUUAAAGUGUCUGAUGAGGUUCUGGAUUCAGAGCAGGACCCGGCAGAGCACGUUCCAGAGGUGGAGGAGGACUUGGACCUUCUGUAUGACACGCUGGAUAUAGAGAACCCCAGUGACAGCGGGCCAGAAAUGGAGGAUGAUGACAGUGUCUUGAGCACUCCAAAGCCAAAGUUAAAACCUUAUUUUGAAGGACUGUCACACUCCAGCUCUCAGACAGAAAUUGGUAGCAUCCACAGCAUCAGGAGCCAGAGAGAGCCAUCAAGUCCUCAGGUAGAAGUGCCUGAAAAGACAAAGAGUCUUGGAACCAAACAUGCAGGCGACAGUAUUUCUGACACCGUCUCUUAUGAGUCUAACCAGCAAGCUGAGGUCCAGGAAGCUGAACUUCCCACACCAGAUGUGUUUGUCGAGAAGCUCCCACCCAGCGGGAAGAUCACUAAGACCGAGUCCCUCAUUAUCCCGUCCACCAGCAGGUCUGAAGGGAAGCAGACGGGACGUCGGGGAAGGAGCACGUCUCUGAAGGAGAGGCAGCCAGUGAGGCCGCAGAACGAGAGAGCGAACAGUCUGGACAAUGAACGCUCUCCAGACACCCGGCACCACUUACAGAUCCCCAGGAAAACAGUGUAUGACCAACUAAAUCACAUCCUGGUUUCCGAUGACCAGCUGCCAGAAAACAUUAUUCUUGUCAAUACUUCUGACUGGCAAGGCCAGUACCUAUCAGAUGUCUUGCAAAAGCAUACCUUGCCAGUGGUCUGCACAUGCUCCUCAGCUGAUAUUCAGGCAGCUUUCAGCACUAUUGUCUCCAGGAUACAGAGAUACUGUAACUGCAAUUCGCAGCCUCCAAACCCAAUUAAAAUUGCAGUGGCCGGAGCCCAGAAUUACCUCAGUGCUGUAUUGAGGCUCUUUGUAGAGCAGCUGUCUCACAAAACCCCAGACUGGCUUGGCUACAUGAGAUUUUUGAUCAUCCCUCUAGGCUCUCAUCCAGUGGCCAAGUAUCUGGGGUCUGUAGAUUAUAGAUACAACAACUUCUUCCAAGAUCUAGCCUGGAGAGAUCUGUUCAACAAACUUGAAGCACAGACCACUGUUCCAGAAACGCCUGAUGUUGUCUCCCGGAUAACGCAGUAUAUAGCAGGGGCAAACUGCGCGCACCAGUUGCCCAUUGCUGAAGCAAUGUUGACAUACAAGCAGAAAAGCCCUGACGAAGAAUCUUCGCAGAAGUUCAUUCCCUUUGUCGGGGUGGUGAAGGUUGGAAUAGUGGAACAAUCUUCUGCAACAUCAGGUGACUCUGAUGACGCAGCUCCCUCAAGCUCCAGUGUCCUUUCUUCUACCCCACCUUCUGUGUCUCCUGCUGUGAAAGAAGCCUCCCCCACACCACCUUCCUCACCGUCUGUCACAGGCAGCUUCUCGUCCUCAAGCCAGAGCCUCGGUGCUGAGUUGAUGGGCCUGCAGGUGGAUUACUGGAUCGCAGCUCCACCCGUGGACAGAAAGAGAGACCCGGAGAAGAAGGACCCCUCCACUACCAAAAACACACUGAAAUGCACUUUCCGGUCCCUCCAGGUCAGCAGGUUACCUGCCAGCGGUGAGAUUGCCACCACUCCAACGAUGUCGAUGACCGUCGUGACAAAAGAGAAGAACAAGAAGGUGAUGUUUUUGCCCAAGAAGACAAAAGACAAAGAGGUUGAGUCAAAGAGCCAGUGUAUUGAAGGAAUCAGCAGGUUGAUUUGCACAGCGAAACAUCAGCAGAACAUGCUGCGCGUGCUGAUCGACGGGGUGGAGUGGAACGAUGUCAAGUUCUUUCAGCUGGCAGCACAGUGGUCCUCUCAUGUCAAGCACUUUCCCAUCUGCAUAUUUGGACACUCCAAACCUAACUUCUAGCCGUGCUCGGUGGAGGGACCUUCUGUCCGUCCCAGGGACUGCACACCAGGAGCCAGGAAUUGCGUGCCAACUCUGACUCGUGUCGCUCUGCCCUCUCCUGCAGAAUUAAUUACAGAUGUGCUUGGAUUACUUUUGAAUUACUUUUUUCUAUUAACUCUUAAGUUUACUACAAGGGAAGGAAACCCCUUUAAACAAAGGCAAAAAAACCCAGUCUUAAAUAUAGAUGUGCUGACAACAUGAAGCCGUGGGGGAGUUGGCAGGAGCAGGCAACCUGCCCAAGAACACCUACCACUUACGAGCAGAUAGCUGAAUAACUGCACUGCUUAUUAACCUGAGACCUCAUUGGUGUGAGUGGGCUGGGGGAGCCGUGGAUCAGCUCAAACGGAUUUUGUGGAAGAUCGUGUGCAUUACGGUGCGUUUGGCCCCCUCCCUCUGUAUUUCUAGGAAAAAAAAAGAUGGCCAGUCUUUCUUCCUGCUGCCAAAGAACGAGAGAUCAGCGAGUCUGGAGGGAGUUCAACUGUCUGGUUUGAAAAACAAACCACUUGCAUAGCUAGGGAGGUCUGGAGAGGAGAUCCUCUUCAGAGUGUGGAGUCUGCCAUGGGGACGGGCAGGUGUUUGUGCUGAAGCGAUGCCUGAAGAAGGUUGGGCAGGAACAGGAAUUAGGAAAACACUAGGUGUAAGGAAACUCCAGUGUCCCAGGUCUGUGACAAUGACCAAACCGAGCCAGUCACAAUGUCCCCGCAGCUGGCUGCGCUGCUGAGGGACACCGCGUCAGUGGGGUCGCUGCUAUUUACAUACUCACACCGAUUAUUUACCUGUCAAUAAAACCUCGUCCAGCCUCUAAAGGGAAAGGAUUUUUUUUAACAGCUGCAGAUUUUUUUUAAUGCUUUCUAAAAAAAAAAAAAAAAAAACCACAAAAACAAAAAAUAAGAGGAAAAAAAUAAGUUGCCAAAAAAACAAACCCAGGAAGAUGAGCCGUUGUCUGUGAAGUGAUACAUCACUGUAGUGGCUGGACUGGGAGCCGGCCAGGCGCUCUGCAUGUCCAGCUGCCUUCCCGUCCAUCUGUCAAACUGCACAUGUGAGGUAGCGUGGGCUGCUUUAUCUGCUGCCUUUGUCCUGCCCUGACCGCACUGUGCUCCCCAGAGCCUGCUGCCAUCUCCCUCGUGCACCUCCCCAGGCUGGGUGCAGACUGCCUGGCCUCAGGGCCACUGCAGGAGUGCAUUUUCGCCAUGCCCUUGAACCCCCCAGGACCUCUCCUCAUAGGGACUGAGAGACUGUAGCAAAAAUGAGGGGUGCUGGGGGUAGGCAGCCUCCCACAGGCUGCUCUGUAGAUGGACGUUGUCCUAACCUGCUUUCUGAGUAUUCCUCCCCGCGGGCAUUUCUCUGUGGAUUGCAUCCCUUCCCCAGCAGGAUAUGCUUUCGCCCUGGCACAGCAUUGCCUGUGGGUUGAGGCUUUGCUAGGGGUUUCAGUCCCAAGGUGCAAUGGAAGCUGUAGCUGGGACGUGAGAGAGGAUGAAGCCAGCCAGGUUCUCUGUCUGCCGCGGGCAGCAAGACGCCCUGUGAGAUGGAGGAGUGAGAUUUUUGGUUGUCUCGCACUGUUGGCUUGGCUCCGGCUGCACUUGUGUUCACUUUGUACACCUCACUGCUGCCGGGGAUGCUUGGGGUGCCAGGAUAAGGGGACGCUCUUACAAAGAGACAGUGUGACAAGCUGCAGGUCUGGGUGGCUCCGGGCACUGCAGAUGUGGCCUUUUGCUUUCCAGGUUUCCCGAGGUGUGCCUGGGAGGGACUGGGAGCAGGUGGCAGAUGGGGUUUGGGGAGCAGAGUGUGCUUGCCGUGCGGAAGAACAGACAUCUCUGGCAUUUUAGGGUAAGGGACUGAAGUUUUUGAUGGGGUCCUUUUGGGUCCCACCCUUGUGGGCAGGCCAGGCUCUGUGAGCAUUUCCAGAAGGCACUUUCUGAGGGCAGUGAUGCUUUUG